GCCAAGAGCUUCAACUUGCAGAUAGCCUGUGUCGGAUCGUCACUUUCAACAACCAUCAGCUGGCUCAACCAAGCCCUGUGUUCUUGCGAAGGGCUGUAUCAAACACCCCUGAGCCAGACAAUUUGGCUACUCGCCCGUCCGCAUUGCCUGUACUGGACAGCAAAAUUGUCGACCGAUCUUACACUCGAUGCGACGAUCAUGACGAGACUCGACUGAAAGAGCAACGAUACACAUGUCCACCAUGCGCACUCGCGCGAAAGCCGUCGGCGACGGCGUUUUCGAUAUCGCAUACCUGGCCAACACCUUCGGCAUCACGGAGCAGGAUGUGCAAUCUUUACUAGAAGCACCCACGAUCGAAUUGGUUCGAAGCCUGUUUGAGGCCUUGACAGAAAAAGGUCAAGAAUUCGAACACCUCAAGACCGAGAAGCUCAAGGUAGAUGUCGAGCUUGAGAACACGGUGCGCACCGCGGAAGCCAAAGUCAAGGCACACAAAUCCGCAGCUUCCAAGAAUGCGAAAGAGAUCGAGGAAGUUCGGAAUCAGCUCAAUGAAUCCGAAGCUGCACGUGAAGCGCUUGCCGCGGAGCUUGCAAAUCUCCAAUCAUCCGCGACAGGAUCUUCCGCUGAGACUUCUGCUCUGAGACAGCGCAUUGAGACCCUCGAGGCCUCCAACCGCGAUGCGCUAGCCUUGGUUGAGAGCAAGUCAAUUGAAAAGGACCAAAUCGCUACUGAACUUGCCGAGCAGCAUGGCAAGCUUCUAGCUCUGCGACGAGAGAUUGGAGAUCUCCAAGAUCAGACACAAGCUUUAGAGAAUGCCGCCUCAUCUCAAAAAUUCCGCGAGCAGUCACUCCAUCAAGAGAUCGAACAAUUGAAACGCAACCUCGAGUGGCACACCACUGAGCUUCAGACUCGUAACGUAGAGCACGGGAAAUUCAGAAAAGAGCGCAAUGCUCGUGUUGCGACGCUCCAACGGGAGUUGGAGGAUACUGUCUUGAACGUGGAGACGAUGAAACGCACCGAGUCUCAGCUGCGGCAGCGCCUGGAAGAGCUGCAAAGCAAGACUGACGAUGCAUUCACAAGGAUAGCCAACCUGGAGGAGGAGGAAAUCCGCAAGCAACAAGAUUUCAAGACUGAACUCGAUAGCAGCAGACGAUUGGCUGAACUACAAGCGCAAAGUGCUACCACUCACAAGGAACGACUACAUGAGAUUCAACAGCAGGCCGACCAGAUGAAAGAAGAUGCAGCGGAAGAGAUUGGGAGACUGCAAGCUGAGGUGGAAACGGAGCGUUCUGACAAGGAAGAAGCUGAGCACAAGGUUGCGGAGCUUGAAAUGGCUGUCGAACGUUUAGAACAACAAGGUGGUCGCAACACACGACCAGGAACGCCGCUCCGCAACGGACACGGCGAUCCACAAACCCCUCGUCGUAUUGGCUCUGGCAACGACUCUCCUAUCGCGGUGCCAACCUCCCUCAGGAAAAGCGCCGGCGGCCUCACGUUCUCACAACUUUACACAAAGUUUUCGGAAACGCAAGAAGAGCUUGAGAAUGAGCGCCGUCGUACUGACAAGCUGUCUGUGGCCAUGGACGAACUGAUCAAUGAAAUGGAGUCUCGCAAACCUGAGAUCGAGGAGCUGCGUAGCGAACAGGAGCGACUUGAAAGUCAAGUUCUCGACUUUUCGAGACUCCUGGACGAAGCUACUGAGCUACGCGACGCCUCGGUCAGAAAUGCUGACAUUUGGCAAGGCGAGGCUGCAGCGGCUGCACGCGAGGGCGAAAUCCUUCGACAGCAGCUGCGCGACCUUUCGGCUCAAGUCAAGAUCUUGCUUGUUGAGCUGUCAAGUCGUGACCAGGGUCUGGGCGAGAUGUCGGCUGACGAGCGAUUUGAGCUUGAACGCGCUGCUCGCGGAGAAGUUGACGAGGAGAGUCUUGAGGCCAUGACCAACACAGGGAGACUGAUCUCCGAGCGCUUGGUGCUCUUCCGAGACGCCUCCGAGCUCGUUGAGCGAAACGAGCAAUUGCUCCGUCUCACCCGUGAGAUGGGCGACAAGAUGGAGGGUGAGGAAGCCCGUGAGAAAGCUCGUCAGUCUGCAGCAGAUGCUGCGGAGGUGGACGAGCUUCGCCGACAGGUCGAACGCUACAGGGAUGAAAUUCAAAGCACUGCACUUCAGAUUGAUUCAUACAUGAAGGAGCGUGAUCUCUUCCGACGUAUGCUUCAACAUCGUGGUCAGCUACCACCCGAUGCAGACGUGCAAGCCAUGUUUGGCCAAAGCGUUGUUCCUGCCACUCCGAUUAGAGGGGCAUUGGAACCCCCAGCGACUCCAAGGUCGAAGGAGGUGGAUGAGAUGAACAAGUUGCUGAAGGAACAGCAAAUCUUUUUCGACCAAUUCCGGAACGAGUCCACCUCGGACCGUCGCGUUCUCAAAGAUCAACUCGACGCUCUAGGACGUGAGAAGAGUGCCGUUCAAGCAGACCUGGCGCGUGCGCAAUCCCAAUUGAGCAUUGCAUCCAGUCGAUUUGAAACCUUGCAAUCGAAUUACACGUCGCUGCAAAACGAGAACCAACAGCACCAGAAACGUUCGCAACAGAUGGCCGAGAACUCAAUGGAGCAAGACCGCCGAGUGGCUCAAUUUGCGGAGGACCUCGUGGAGGCUAAGUCAAACGAAGCUGCGCUCCGUCACGAGACUGCUAAUGCCAAAGCUGAAAGAGACAUCUUCAAGCGGUCUGAAGCUCGUCUCAAUGAGGAUAUCGAAAGACUUCGCGAAGACAGGGCGAGGCUCAACAAACUUGUCACAGACCUGCAAAACUUGCAGAACGAGAAAGAACUUACCGAGUCCGAAGCUCGACGGCGUCUUCAGAACCGGGUCGAUGCACUGGAGGCAGAGCUCGCAGACAAUCAGAAGAAGCUGCAAUUUGAGAUCGACGAGCAUAAGAAGGCUACGCUGCGACGCGAGUACGAAGACAAUCACAAUCGCACACGCAUCGAUGACCUGGUUCAGAGUCUGAGCAAUGUUCGUGAAGAAUUGAUCGCUGCAAAGACCGCCCGUGAUCAACUCCAAGUAAGGGUUGAGGAGCUCAAGAUUGAUCUUCACACGGCAGAGGAGAAGGUCAAUGUUCUGCAACCCCGGCCAACGCCUCGGGUUGAAGUCCAACAGGUAGCACAGCAAGAAAAUGGCGAUGGCUCCGAAUUACCAGUCGAGCAGCGCCUAGCGCUCGAAAUUUCGGAACUCAAGCGCGACCUUGAGUACGCCAAGACCGACCUCGAGAACACCAAACAACAAGUGCAAGUCUACCGUAGCAUCUCCCAAGCUUCGGAAGAGGAGCUCGCCAGCUUCUCGGCCACAGCUGAUCAAUACAAAGAAGAGACAGAGGCCAUCGUCGCACAAAAAGACGCCAGGAUCAAGGAACUUGAGCAGCGCAUUGAGGACUUGACCUCCGAAUUGACUACUACAAAUAGCGAGCUUUCCGAACUUCGCACCAAUGCUGAGAGCAUCACAAGCCUUCUCGCGGAACAAAAGGCGAUCUUUGAAUCAGACCUGACUCGCCUUCGCGACGACGCAGAUCGCCAUGCAGAGGAGAAGAAAAUGUUUCAAGAAGACCUCAAGGCUCAAGCAGCCAUCGCACAGCAGGCACAGCAGAGUUACGAAGACGAAUUGGUCAAGCAUGCAGAUGCUGCAAGGUCUUUGCAACUCGUACGCAAGGACUUCAAUGAUGCCCGUACAAGCAUCAGCUCGGCGAUGGCCGAAGCGGAAGCGGCGAAGAUUAGUUUGGAGCGCGGCGAAGAAAGCUGGAAGGACCAACGAGAGCGCUUUGAGGCUGACAUUGAGGAGCUCAAGCUUCGCCGCCACGAUGUUGACGAGCAGAACAAGCUGCUGCAUAAACAAAUGGAAGCCUUUUCGAACGAACUUGCGUCUCUGCGUCAAGGAAGAAGCGCAGCUAGUGCGUCAUCUGAAAGCAAUGCGGGUGAAAAUGUACCUGCAGACGCCACUGGUAACUACCAGGAAGUCAUCAAGUACCUCCGACGCGAAAAGGAAAUAGUCGACGUUCAGCAUGAACUCUCGGUACAAGAAUGCAAGCGCCUUCAGCAGCAGCUUGAUUACGCCGAGGGACAACUACAAGAGACCAAGCAGAAGCUGUCCGAUGAGCGUCGCCAGGCCGCUGAGAAAGCGUCAGAAGAGGGCAGCACUACCAGACUGAUGCAAACGAUCAAUGAAUUGAACCUGUAUCGAGAAUCUUCAAUCACACUGCGCAAUGAAGCCAAGCUCGCCCGCGAGAAACUGGAAGAGAAGAGCAAGGAUGCAGAACGCCUCCUUAGCGAGAUCGAGCCUCUUCAGGGUCGUGUCAAUGUCCUCGAAGCGGACAUUGAAAGCAAGGAAGGCGAACUCAAACUUCUCCAAGCCGACCGGGAUCAUUGGCGAGAACGCACCCAGAACAUCAUCAGCAAGUACGAUCGUGUUGAUCCCGCCGAGCUCGAAGAGAUGAAAACCCAACUCGCGACAGCCAAGACGGAGAAAGAAAGCCUUGAGGCUGCGCAGAACACCCUGAAUGAGGAGAUCUCUGCCCUCAAGAACCGUCUCGAGAAUGAGCAAUCUGCAGCUACACAAUCCUUUUCCGAGCGUCUGGACAAGUUCAAGGGCCAGGCCAAGGAGCAGGACAGGAAGCGUCAGGCUCAAAUCCGCGACCUGACAGCAGAAAAGGACUCGCUCACGGCUGAGCUGGAGAGGUCAAAGUCCGAUCUCAUCGCUGUCAACAGCGAACUGGAGCAGGGCAAAAUUCAACUCGGCGAAGCUCUUACACGUGCUGAGAAUGCAGAAGCAAGCAAAGAUGCGGAGGACGGUCAGAUUGAGGAAGGUGAAGUCAAUGCCGAACCAAACGCGCAACCGGCGCUGCCCGCUAGUGCGGGUACAGUAACUUCUGCAGAUCAUGAAGAACGUGUGGCCACUCUCACCGCCGAAGCUGAAGGUCUGCGGCAACGUGUAGCCGACCUUGAAAGUCAGAUACAGGAGCUUCAGCAACAAUUACAAGCGGCACCGACGAGUGGAAGCGACAAUCGCGCGUCUCUUUCUGGGGACGACCUUGACACGUUGAAUCAGCUCAAGGAGGAUUUGGCACGCGCACAGAAAGAAGUUGAAGUGCUAAGGACCAACAAUGUAGCAUCGGCUCCGGCCUCCGGUGCGACUGGAGAAGUUGCAGGUUCCACUCAACCAGCUUCGGUUGAGGCUCCCUCUCAGGAAGUUGCAGCGGCAGUUCUGAAGCUCAAGCAAGAAAUGGAAGCACAGCAUGCGCUUGCUUUACAACAAAUGGAGACGCAGGUCCAAGCUAGAAUUGAGAAGCUGAAGGAAAAUCUGAAGAAGCAAUUGCGCGACGAGCGCCAAGCCAGAGCCAACGAACAUUCGGUCGAGAUCAAGAAGAUACAAGAUGAGCACGAGGUGGCAAUGCACGAUCUCAAGGAGGCUCACCGGAUCGAAAUUGAGCGGCUUCUCAAAGAAGGCAGCGUUGCUGUUGCCAAAGCAGAAGGCUCUGAGCAAGCCACCACCGAAGCUGCACCAUCAGCUGAGGAUGCCAAGAUACCUGUUUUGACUGAUGCACAGGUUAAAGACCUGAUCAAAACGAACGCUUCAGUGAAAGCGAUCUUCGCUGCCAAUCUUAGAGCGCACGUUGCAAAGCAGACGGAGCCUUUGAAUACUCUCAUUGCCACUAAGGAUCAGGAAAUUGCGCAACUCAAGGUCCAGCUAGACAAACUGCCGAAUGAGCCCUCUGCGACCAGUGCAGAUACUGUGUCUCGUGCUGAACUGGAGAAGCAACUCGACGUGGUUCGCGAGGAGAGGGAUGCAGCUGUUCGUCAGGCGACUGAGAAUGCUGAGAAAAAGGCCAAGGUGCAGGUGUCACAACGUGACAUGGCCCAGGCGAAGCUGGCUGUCGUUAAGAAAGCAGCUACCGAGACACCAGACAAGCCUGUCAAGGAGGUUUGGGAGAUCGCCGACAAAGCCCGUCCAGCCGCAAAGCCUUCGACUGGUUCAGCGCCGUCUACGGCGUCCCCGGCUGCACCGAAGCCAAUCCCGCAAGCGCAGAAUGCCAACACGCCAUCGACGAAUCCUCCCGCUGGCUCGUUCGGUCGACCUAGUGGUCCGGGAGGCGUACCAGGCACACCACCGAAUCCGCAAGCCGUUGAAUUCAAACCCACUGCCGCUGCGCCUGCUACCAUUGUGCCAGCCUCUGGUUUACCAACAGCCCGUACAGGAAUUCCUCAGCCUGGCCGUGGGGGUGCGCAAGCCAGUGGAUUGCCACGCAGUAUUCCUGCUCGUCCUCCAAGUGCCACGGGCAUGCAUAUCCAAGGCGCCGCGCAAGCUGGACGUGGCGGACUUGCUGCGUCUGGGCUCCCUCGUGGUGGAGCGGCUGGACGCGGAGUUGCACGAGGUGGAAGGGGUGGAGGUAAUGCCGGACAGAAGCGUCAGCAUGAUGGCGGUGAUCGUAAUGAUGAUGGCAAACGUCAACGAAGUGUCGGAGGAGCGGAAGGCGGCGGCGCUUGAAAUCUUCUGUUAACGAUUAAAUAGCUCUGAAUUGUCGCCGUGGCAGUGUCGGCGUCAUGAGGUCAGCCGCAAGAGAUGGAUUUUUUUUCCUAGCAUGUAUAACAGUGACAUUUUAUAGUUCCAAGUCUCAAGCGCGAGCAAGAGCGAAUUUCAUCUAGAUGUAACGUG